AUGCGCUUCACACUCAACAGCUUCUUAUUUCUCGCGUCUGUUACCCUCGCACUCCCACUCGAGGAGACCCCUACAACCACUGAUCACAUCCCAACUGUCAAAGAGGCCGCUGUACAAGCUCGCAAGCUCCUUAAAUCCGAGUCCAUAGCUACUCUCUCCACUAUCUUUCCAGAGAAUGACCCACAUGGCCUCGCCGGGCAGCCUAUUGGCCUAAUGGACUACUACGCCGACUGCUCAACGACGGGAAACCCAACUCUUCUUGCUAUGGGCAUUGCCACCUCCUUCAAAAACGCAAAAGAUGGCGCAUCAAUUAGUUUGUCGAUCCGCUCACAUGCGAGCAGCUGGUCGCAGGCGAGCCAGCCGCGGUUGUCGCUCAUCGGAAGAUUGAGUGAGAAGGUCCCGAGAGGGAGCGAAGAGGCCGAUAGGCUGAAGGCAUGCUUUACGAGCGUCCAUAAGGAUGCCAAGAUUUGGGCGCCCGGAAACAGAAUUCACGAGAGUGAUUGGGUGACGUUUGAGGUCGAGACGGUGUACUGGAUUGGCGGGUUUGGAAGUGUGGCGUAUAUUGGAUAUAUUCCCGUCGAGAUGUGGGAGAGUGUUACACUGGAGGAAAUUGAGGAGCUGGAGAGGGAGGAGGAUCCGUUGAAGGGCGUUGGAUUGAAGGUGCAGAGUGGUUUGAGCAGCUUGAGGGGUCUCUUCAAGAAGGACUAA